AUGGACACCCUACUGUCAGCAGUCUGCGUUUCAAUCCUCCUCUUUGCUGUACCCGUCAGUGGAGAACUUCCGUCCUGGUCAGCAUCCUCAGAGUUUGAUCAUGUGUCGACACAUGAGUUAAGCUCAGCUGACCGCGCAGAUAUCAACACCCGCGAAACUGCAGAUGCAGCAGGUGCAUGGAUAGCAGCAACCAAUGACCAGGACCAAUGGCUGAUGAGGGACCUUGGUGACGUGAGCGUCAUCACCGGCGUCAUCACCAAAGGCAGGAACUACAGCCCUGAUUGGCCCUACGAAAUACACGACCAAUACGUCACAUCCUACGUCAUUUCAUACGGCAACGAAAAUGGCGAUGAGACGUUCUACACCGAUGCUGAUGGGCAAGUUACUGUUUUUCAGGCGAAUGACGACAGAGACACGGAGGUCUACAACGACUUCGGAGACUUCAGUGGCCGCAUAACUGCGCGCUUCGUCAAAAUCCAUCCGCGAACAUGGCAUCACUACAUCUCCAUGCGGGCGAAGAUUGUGACAGGUUAG